AUGGAUCUCAGAACGUUUUACCUCGGGUACAUUGCAGCCAUCAACACCUCCACCGACCUUGCGACGGACCUAUGUCCUUACGUUAAAGAGGGUUUGAUUCACUCUCACGACGACAAAACGCCCCUGUCCGUCGACGCGUUUGCCGAGAUGCUACGCCAGAGCCAGAGAGAUCUACCCGGCUUGCAUUUUGGGAUCGAUAUGUUGGUAGUCGAAAACGAUUUGGCGAAGAAAGACGCAGGCAACAUCGCCUCAAGGCUUAGGCUUAGCUACCAACCUUCACCAGGCACUACGCAGGUCUUUUUCGAGCAUUGUAUGUACCGCGUCGAAGAAGGUAAGAUUGCAAGGGUAUGGACUGUUCUGGAUGGCGCUGGGCAGAAGUGGUUGGAAGAGCAUUACGGACACAAAAAUUGA